ACCAGCAUCGAGAUGGACAUUGACGUGAGGCUCAAGGCUUACCGGCUUCUAGCCUUCUCGGCAGUCGCGUUCUGCGUUCUUUCCGUCGUUUCAGUAUGCAUCACCCUGCCGAUGGUGUACAACUAUGUCUCUGGAAUGAGAGUUCGUCUAGUUCAGGAGGUCUCAUUCUGCAAGCACUCUGCCAAUGAGGUCUUCACUGAGGUCAACCAUCUUCGUGCCAGCGCUACCAACAGCACCCGUAGCGCUCGUCACGCUGGAUACGGAGGAUACGCUCAGCCACAAGGAGGAGGUGGCGGUGGUGGAGGCCAAUGCUCCACAUGCUGCCGUCCAGGACCACCAGGAGCCGGCGGUACUCCAGGAAAGCCAGGACGUCCAGGAGCCCCAGGAGCAUGGGGAAUGCCAGGAAACCCAGGAAAGGGAGGAAGCGGACCAUGCCACCCGGUUGUCCCAACUCCAUGCAAACCAUGCCCAGGAGGACGUCCAGGACCACCAGGACCACCAGGACGCCCAGGAUCGGAUGGACAGCCAGGAAGACCAGCUACUGGAGGAGGUGCCGCACCAAGACCAGGACCACCAGGACCAAAGGGACCACGUGGAGCCCCAGGAAACUCUGGAAGAGCCGGAGCACCAGGACAGCCAGGAAACGAUGCUCACGGAUACGGAGGAGGAGUCGGAGCCCCAGGACCAGCCGGACCACGCGGAGCCCCAGGACCAGCUGGACACCCAGGAUCGUCGGGAGGUGGCCGUCCGGGACCAGCCGGACCAAAGGGAGCCCCAGGACAGCCAGGAAGACCGGGACCCGAUGGACACCCAGGACAACCAGGACGUCCAGGACAAUCCGGUGGAUCCGGAAAUCGUGGAGUGUGUCCAAAGUAUUGCGCCAUCGACGGAGGAGUCUUCUUCGAGGACGGAACCGUUCGCAGAAAGUAGAGAAUCUUCGAUGUUCAUUGUGAAUUUUGUAUCACUGCCUUGCCUUUAUUCACUUCAGGAAUUUUAUGUUUUACUUGUAAUCUCAAUAAAAAUGAACUUUCAAAUUAAU